AUGCCUUCGGGCAAGAAGUCAGUUAGCUGCAUACCAUGCGCAAAGCGUAAAGUAAAGUGCGAUAAGAUCCAACCAUGUUGCCAUUGCAGACGAAGAAGGCAGGACACCUGCGUAUUCCCAGAUCUGAUUGGAGCCGUUAAUCAGCCUUCCCGUGCAAAUAUUGAGCGAAUUGCGAAACUAGAGCAGUAUAUCCGAAGCCUUGGUGGUGACCCCCAGCCAAUGUGGUACAGCUGGAAAGGUCAAGAUAACCCAACGAGUCAUCAUCGACCGAGCACCGAGGCUUCCAAUUCCCACAACCUGCCAACUAUACUGAACCAAAGGCAUACGUUGUACGCUGAUGGUUCUUUCUCCCCUCUACCUCCAUCAAUCCACCUAGGCGAACUAUGGCCAGUUUUUCUAAAGAAUGUUCAUCCACUGAUAAAGAUUUUCUUCGACUGGGAAAUAGCACCUGCCAUCCUGAAGGCCCAGGAACCUACAUCUGUCUUAUCCAUUGAGGAGGAAGCACUUCUAAAUGGAAUCCGGUUCGUUGCUGCGUUGACACUUACCCACGAAGAAUGUCAAAGCACCCUUUCCGAAUCAAGGCAUGAGCUUCUGCAACAAUGCCAGAAGAGCACGGAAUAUGCCUUGACGACUGCUGAUUAUUCAGAAACGGCCGACAAGCGAGUAUUACAGGGGUUUAUACUGUACAUUUUAGCCAUGAGAGACCGCACACGGCCGUCCGCUAUAUAUCCACUCAUGGGCAUUGCCACUCGUGUUGCCGAACGAAUGGGCCUUCACCGCGAUGGGACGACGUUCGGUCUGAGUGCUUUACGAAGCGAAGAACGUCGGCGCAUUUGGUGGGCACUACAGUUUAUGGAACUAGCUACCGCGCGACUGGUAGGCACCCUCAGCUUGACCAUCUUCGCUACCUGGGAUACCAAAACACCGUCGAACCUGGAAGACGACGACUUCAACCCAGCAACGGAAGUCAUGCCAGUCGAAAGAAAAGGUCUCACAAGCAUAUCACCUUGUUUGUGGAGAUACAGCAUCCUGCAGCGACGGCGCGACCUGCUAGGCAAGAACAAUUCUGGAGACUUGUCAUGGAUGCUCUCGCCGCAUCUGUCACUCGUAGAGAAGGACGCCAAGAUCGAUGAGCUCGAGGACAUUCUGGCAGACAAGUUUCUGCGGCAUUGCGAGCUUGUCAAUCCGUUACACAUCCACAUACAGAUCGGGAUCCGACAAUUUGUUUUUGCAGCCCGCAGCAACGUUCGCCAACCGACAUUGGUGAAUGCGAAGAUUUCCGAAUUACUUCCCCAUUCAAACAACCCCAACUAUAGCUGGGUUCAAAUGGGGGAAUUCCAUCUGGUUCCAGACACCAUCUUGUCAGUACUCUGGCACCGCACCCUGAGGCAAACUAACGAAUCAGUCGUAUAUAUAAUCCUCGAAGCGCACCAAAGAUCUGGCGAGCCUGAUGUGGCUACCCUUUGGGACCUUAUCCGCCGCGUGUACGAAAACCAUCCUGACUUGAUGACGGCUGUCACUCGGCCUGAGGUCGACUUUCUUGCACGCAUUACCGUGGCAGCGUGGCAGAAGUAUAUUCUUGAGAUGCGACAGCAGCAAAGGUCGGACGCAGUGGGGAUGCAGACUCCUGAGUGGAUUCAGCAUUUGUGCCACAACUUCAACUUGCCAGUAAUUGACCCAUCCAGGGCAACCGAAGAGUAUGCGCAGUCUCUCAACGGUGAUCUAUUACCGCCGGAUUUCGACUUUGACAUUAUUGACUGGUCGGCUUGGGAUGCUUUGCAUUAAGCCCGGCGUAAGGCUUUACUGGCUCUCGACCUAUUAGUUUUGAGAUG